GAAAAAUUUAGUACUGAUAGUUACAUUAUCGAGCAGCAUCGAAUCAAAAUGGCUAAAAUCAUCCUCUUCUUCUGCGCUAUUAUUUUGGCUUCAGCUGUAGCUUCACCUAGUAAAGCAGCAGCUGAUGACUCCCUAAUUGACAUCAUCAAAAAGAUCGUCCAUAAGAUUGAAGACAUCAUUGAUAAAAUUUACGAAAAAGCUCCAGGCAUCAUCGAUGGAUUCGCCGACAACUAUGACGACAACCUAAAAAAAGCGCUAGACUUUUUGGAAAAAAUCGCUCUUCAAGGUAUAAGAGCAUUUAAACCUCUCAUUGACAGAAUUGCUGAAGGUAGCAAUGAUGCUGGAAAAAAACUAGUUUCUUGUAUUGAAAGCCAUGACACUGAAAUCGUAGACAUUCGCAUCCAAGUUCUAGAUGGAGUAGGUAAAUGUAUCAUGAAUGACCUCGUCACUUUGGUUAAAACUCUUUCACCUAUCCUUAAAGAUCUAUCUGGUAUUCACGAAAAGGCCAAAGAAGCAGCCAAUGAAAUUGACGAAUGCCAAGGAAAUGAUGCCCAAACUCUACUCUGUGUUGUUCAAGUGAGUAGACUGUUUAUUUUUAGUUAUAACAUGACUGUAUUAAAUAACACCAAAAUAUUAAACGCAAUGUACUUCUACCAACAAAUCAGAUUAAACUAAAAUUUAUUUUGCAGGUUGCCUCUGAUCUACUCAAAGUUUUAACCGAGAUUCCUGAUGCUGUGAAAGGCGAUAUUAAACCCGUCUAUGAGGCUGCUAUUGCUAUAGCUAAGGAUGGAUUAAAAUGUGAUGAAGACCAAAUUGAACCCUUCUUUGCCAAUGCUGGAAAACUUUUGGGAGAAGUUGCUAGCUGUGCCGCUGCCUAAUUUAUUAAUUUUUUUAAUAUUUAUUAAUAAAACUGUUUAAUAAACCUAGUU